AUGGACAUCUUUUGCCUGGGACAUCCACUGGAGGGGGGCGUGGUCCAUAACGAGGGUGAACCGGCAGACCCAGAGGUAGUACUUCAAUUCCAGGACUGCCCACUUCAUGGCCAGGGCCUCCUUCUCCAGCACCGCGUACCUGGUUUCUGCGAGGUGGCGACACAGAAACACUGCAAGCAGUUUCAUCAGUUAAACAUAAACUGUGUUCAGGGUGACAGCGUGACUAUUUCUUGCCUGACCACAACCCACCCGCUGGAGUCUCUGACAGUCAAACUACACAAGAAAACCCAAGAUAAAGACAUCCUGAUAUAUCCAGACUUCUCUCCAGCAUCAGAGAGCCAGAGAUGGUCUGUGAGGAAAGAUGCUGGAAAUGUUACAUUUGAUCUGAAAGACAUCAGAUUAUCUGAUGUUGGCUUUUAUGACUGUCAGGUUUACAAGGAUCAGGACUGCCUUCAUGUAACUCGAUUUUACCUGAGGGUCAAAGAGUGUAAGGCUUUGGACUCUGUCUAUUCAGCACAAGGGUCAUCAGUGUUGUUGCCAUGCUCUGAACAUCCUCUACGAAACAGAACUGAACGAGUCACUUGGAACGUCAUUACCGGUCAUCAAUUAACAGAUGUAUUUCAGUAUCAGCCACCAAACAAGCCCUCAAACAACACAGAGAAACCCCCAAAGCCUCUGUAUGAGAGAGCGAGACAACUAGUGAAUGGAUCUCUGCUUAUAAGAGAAGCAGUCCACACUGAUGAAUUGUGGUAUCAGUGCAGAGUGAAUGAAAAAACCUGCUAUGAAAUGAAGCUGCUUCUGAAAGAUAAUCCAACCCCAGAGGACAGUACGGUUGGUCAGACUGAAGACAACAAUUACGAGAGUGAAACAGUGAUAACUAAUUCAACGGCAGUAGUGAUGACCACAGUAGUGUCUCUGUGUGUCCUCAUAUCACUGACCAGCUGUGUCAUUCUGUAUUUCAAAAAACGAAGAUGCAAAAUCGACAACCAAAUAGAUGAUUUGAACUGUCAGUCUGCCGUGUGUUAUUCUGAAAUUUCAGAAGUGUUGGAUGCACCUUUGUAUUCUUUAGUUCAACGUAACACAAACCAUGGCCACAUCUGGUAUGAACAAACAGAAGCUCCUGCAUGUAAUCCAGACAACAUUUAUGACAAUAGAGUGCUUACUUACUAAUUUACUACACUCAUUUCAUUUCACAAAUCAUAUAAAUGUUUUUAUUAUUAUUAUUAUUUCUUAGUUUUGGUGGUAUGAACAUUCAGUAGAGGGACAGUAAUUUUAAUAUUAAGGGGUAUAUUAAGGGGUCAUCGGAUGCCCAUUUUCCACAAGUUGAUAUGAUUCUUUAGUGUCUUAAUGAAAAGUCUGUAACAUAGUUUGGUUAAAAUUUCUCAAUGGUAGUGUAAAAACACAUUUUUUACCUCGUCAGAGACAGCUCUUUUCAGACCACGUCUAACUGUAUGCUUCUGUGGUCUGUGUUGUGUUGAAAAUCACCGAAGAACGACAGGAGACAGUCAGAUUGGGUCUGCAUAGAGAAUGUAUUUUUAUAUAGACAGGUCGUCAUGACAGUUUCAGUUCACACAUCAGAAACACUUUUCCGUUUGGUAGAGAGAAGGAAAAGGAAAAACAAGGUCAAGGUAAAACAAGGAGAAAAAGCAGUAACUCUGUACACAAACUUAUACAGAUGAGCAUAUAAAACGUGAAAAUAUUGAUUUUAUAACAACUUAAACACAAAAAUAUGGUUGGUCAAUGCAUACCUGCAUAGAGAAUGUAUUUUUAUAUAGACAGGUCAUCACGACAGUUUCAGCUCACACAUCAGUAACACUGUCAACAAAAAUAACAUCGCAAAGUGCAA